UCUACAAAGAUAAGACCAAUGGUUGUACCCAUAUCAUAUUCUCAUAUCUUUUAUUAGCUUCUUUUUUCUAAUAAUUAAUAAUAAUAAUCCAGGGCACUGUAAGAGGUGCAUCUGUACUAGUUUUAGUAAGGAUACUGUGUAUUUUGGAAGGGUAUAUUCAUCAAGUGUUGGUUAAUGGGGUCAGAAGGGCCUCCAGCAGUAACAUUCCACGUGACUGGGUUUAAAAAGUUUCAUGGAGUUUCAGAAAAUCCAACCGAGACAAUUGUUAAUAAUUUAAAAAAAUAUUUAGAGAAGAAUGGUUCGCCGAAAGGGGUUACUAUUGGUAGUUGCACGAUUCUCGAGACUGCAGGCCAGGGAGGUCUUGUUCCUUUGUAUCAGACGUUACAAUCUGCAGUGACCAAGGACAACGAACAAUCGAGUUUUUCCAAAGUUAUUUUGUUACAUUUUGGUGUUAAUAGUGGGGCCACAAGAUUUGCUAUAGAAUAUCAAGCUUUAAAUGAAGCUACUUUCCGUUGUCCUGAUGAGAUGGGAUGGAAGCCUCAGAAAGUACCUAUUAUUCCUGCAGAUGGUGGAAUUUCAAAAGCACGGAAGACAUGUCUUCCAGUAGACAAGAUGACCAAAUCCUUGGCAAAUAUGGGUUAUGAUGUGGUAACCUCUGAUGAUGCCGGUCGCUUUGUAUGCAAUUAUGUGUACUAUCAUUCCCUACGGUUUGCUGAGCAGAACGGGAUUAAAUCCGUGUUUGUACAUGUGCCACUCUUCCUGACAAUCGACGAGGAUACACAAAUGCAAUUUGCUGCUUCUUUGUUGGAGGUACUUGCUUCUUUAUAUUAGUACCUAUUAUUCUAAUGUUUGUUUGUUUGUUUGUAUCCUUAUUUCUUUUCUAUUUCCACUCCAUCUCUUGUUGUUGUGUCCAAAAGGUUUCUGUGUUUUAAUUUUAAUAAUCCCCUUACAUUUGAAUUUGCAUGUAUGUUGUUAUAUUUCAGAACUUGUGAAUAUUAAUUUAAGCAAUAAUUGUUCAUA